AUGUACUCCCCGAACACCCACACGCUGCAGCAGAGUGGUGGCCUACCCCGCCCCCUCAGCCACUCCACCACUUACUCCCAACCAUACAGUCCCCUCCAUUACCCCUCUCCACCGCCUCCUCUCAGCAUUUCCUGCAGCCCCGUCAUAAGACCCGCGACGAGGGAACCCUUUCCCCGUACCAACUCGUGCCACAUCUGCGGAAAGACGUACGCGCAUAAGUCGUCGCUCAAGAGGCACCUGCGCACGCACACGGGCAAGAAACCGUACCAGUGCUCCAUCUGCCCGAAGGCCUUCACCCACGCCGCUUACCUCACGGCCAACCUCAGGACGCACACGGGUGAGAAACCGUACCAUUGCUCAUCUGCCAGAAGGCCUUCACCCGGGCCGCCCACCUCACGGUCCACCUCAGGACGCACAGCAGCAAAAAAAACGUUCAAAUGUCCCGUCUGUCAGCGGGGUUUCUCGGUGAGCAGCUCCGUCACGACGCACCUGCUCAUGCACUCGGGCGACCGACCGCACAAGUGUAACAAGUGCGGCAAAGGUUUCAUCACCUGCUCCGGCCUCACAAGUCACUACCGUACGCACACCGGCGAGAAACUAAACUACACGACGUGCAAUGCUAAAUAG